AUCAUCAAAUGAAAAAUGAAUGUCAAUACCAUAUGUUUAUUAUCAUCAACGGCUGCAUCAAAAUUUAAUUGUUUACCACCGAAUACAGCGACCACAACGACCUCUACGACGACAAUAUUUUCUACGAUUAUUAGUGAUAUUUUACCAUCAUCACCAAUUGAUGAUGAAGAUAAAAUUUUAAUAAAUUUAUCACCACCAUCAUCAUCAUUUAAACAUAAUAAACCGAUAACGACGACGACAACGAAGACAAAGAAAAAAUCUUUACAAUCAUCAUCAUAUCAAUGGGAUUCAUAUCAACGACGACGUGCAAUUAAACGUCGUCAUACAAUUAAUCAUCAUCAACAGUAUCGAAAAACCGUACAAGGUGAAAUUAAAAUUCAAGCUGAAAAUGGUGAAACACGAGUAUUACGUUCAGCACCAGAUUGGACGGAAUCAGCAAUCCUUGGAGACCAUAUAUGGGUAUCAACAUCCACUUCGGGUAGUGAUCUUUGUUAUGUUGGCGAAAAUAAAUGCACUAAAAUCGGACCAAGACUUUGUUGUCCAGCAUGCAAAGUGACCGCACACACUGGUUGUAUAUCAAUAUUGAUUGAUAACAUGAAAUUUCAAUGUAAACCCACAUUCAAAGAUGGUGUACGACAAUAUCGUGAGCAAACAUUUGUAAAACAUCAUUGGGUACAUCGUCGCCAUGAAAAAGGCCGCUGUAAACAUUGUGGAAAAUCAUUCCAAUCAAAAUUAUCAUUCGGUAAUAAGGAAGUGGUUGCCGUCAGUUGUUCAUGGUGUAAAUCAUCAUAUCAUAAUAAGGAACCUUGUUUUACAAAAAAUAUGCUCGAAGAUAAUUGUGAUUUUGGCCUUUAUCGUCGUAUUAUUGUACCAUCAUCAUGGAUUGUUAAAUUACCACGAAAGGGAUCAUUUAAAUCAUCAAUACGUCGUACACCACGUAAUAAACGUUUAUCAUCGAAAAAACGUUCAUCAACCAAAUCAUCAUCAUCAUCAUCAUCUACAACAGUUUCAACGAAUAAAAUAUCAACAUCAAUGACCAAUAGUGCCACAACUGCUACUAGUUCUACGGUUGCUGUAGCCAUUGUUUCGAAUUCUGGUUGUCAAACAACGAAUAAUUUAAAUGUGAUUUCAAUUACAAUGACAACAGCCAAUGAUUAUUAUCCAUUGCCAUCAUCAACAUCAUCGAUACAAUCAAUGGCAAUGAUAAAUACAACAACAACAACAACAUUUCCUUCUCAUCUACUACCACCACAAUCACACCCACCUUCUACAACUUUAGCUUCCACUAUAAAUCUAACAACAACCACCACCAAUACCACAACAACAACAACAACAACGACUGUGAUGUCUGAAUCUUUUUUAUCUACAUUAUCAUCAUCAUCAUCAUCUUCAUUAUCAUUGCCACCACCAGUAAUACCACCACCACCAUUACCAUCAUCAUCAUUAUCACAACCAACACAACAACAACCUCUUCCUGUUAUGAAUUCACAAUCAAUUUAUGAUAAUCAUCAUGAUGAUAAAGAAUUAAAUUCAUCUUUGAUAUCUGAUAAUAAUGAUGAUGAGAAUAGUGAACAAAUUACAAAGAAUAAUUUAUCAUUACCAUUCAUGAAUAAUGAUGAUAACAUUAGUGAUGAUAAAGGUGAUGAUAACAAUAAUAAUAAACAAUCGAUAGAAUCGAUUAUGACAACAUCACCAGCAGCCACUGCAAUAUCAACAACAACAACACCAAUUGUUUAUACAACUGUUACUGCUAAUAACAAUAAUCGUGUUACAAGACAUCGACGUCAUAGUCAUGCAAAUGUAACAUCAACAUCCGUUGGUCAAAAUGGUUCUACAAAUUUAUUAUCUAGUGUUGGUUGUACAAGUGGUCCUCAUCAUCAUCAUCAUCAUCAUAAUAAUCAUCAAACAAAUCCAGUUCAAGUGGUCAAUAAUCGUGUUGAACAAUAUUUACAACACGUACAUCGAUCAUUUGUAAUUAAACCAAUACCAUCGACCAAUCUACGUCCAUUGUUGGUGUUUAUAAAUCCAAAAUCAGGUGGUAAUCAAGGUGUAAAAUUGAUGCAAAAAUUUCAAUGGCAUCUGAAUCCACGACAAGUUUUUGAUCUUAGUCAAGGUGGUCCAAGACUUGGAUUAGAUUUAUAUAAAAAAGUACAUAAUCUACGUAUAUUAGCAUGUGGUGGUGAUGGUACAGCUGGAUGGGUAUUAUCAGCUAUCGAUGAAAUUGCCAUACAGCCACCACCACCGAUAUCGGUGCUGCCAUUAGGUACUGGUAAUGAUUUAGCACGUGCAUUUGGUUGGGGUGGAUCCUAUACGGAUGAACCAAUAGCGAAAAUUCUUUGCAACAUUCAAGAUGGACAAAUUGUACAAUUGGAUCGUUGGAAUCUAAAAGUACAGCCAAAUCAUUCAUGUAUCACGCAACAACAAUUACAGCAACAACAACAACAACAACAAAUGUUAACGGAAGAAAAUAAAGGAGCCAAACGUGAAUUACCAUUGAAUGUUGUGAAUAAUUAUUUCUCAAUCGGUGUUGAUGCCCAUAUAGCGCUUAGUUUUCAUGAAGCACGUGAAGCACAUCCAGAACGUUUUAAUUCACGAUUAAGAAAUAAAAUGUUUUAUGGUCAAGCAGGUGGUAAAGAUCUGUUGCAACGUAAAUGGAAAGAUCUAUGUAAUUAUGUUAAUCUUGAAUGUGAUGGUAAAGAUUAUACUGGACGUCUUAAAGAAUUGAAAGUACAUUCAGUUUUAUUUCUAAAUAUUCCAAGCUAUGGUGGCGGCACACGACCAUGGCCAACAUCAUCGGCACCAUCAAAUCUACAGACACCGAAAACCGAUGAUGGUUAUAUCGAAGUGAUUGGAUUGACUACAUAUCAAUUGCCAUUAUUACAAGCUGGUGGCCACGGUACAAUUAUAACACAAUGUCGUAGUGCAAAAAUUGUUACAUCACGUACAAUACCGAUGCAAGUGGAUGGUGAACCAUGUCGUCUAUUACCAUCAUUGAUCAAUCUGGAAUUACGUAAUAAGGCAAAUAUUGUUGCCAAUACAAAAACAUUUGAACAUAAACGACAAAUGCCUGCAUUGGAAAAGAUUACAUUGAAGAUUCGUAAAUUGAAUCUAAAUGAUUAUGAAACAUAUCAUUAUGAUAAAGAGAAAUUGAAAGAAGUUUCAACUGUACUUGGUUCCAUAACCAUUGAUCAGAUUAUGGAAUUGAGUAAUGUACGUGCAAGAAUCAAUGAAAUGAUGAAAGAAAAAGGAUUACGGCGGCCAUCUUCGGAUUUAUCCACGACAACAGCAAAUGUUAUUGUUUCUGCUGUGACUGGACAACAACAGCAGCAUCUGCAGCAGCAACAACAAUUGGCAACUUGUUUUGAAAAUGUGUCAUCAACAACCACUACAACAACGGCAACGACAACGAAUAAUAAUUCACUUUCAAAUUGUAAAUUUGUUUCCAAUGAUUGGUGUUUUGUUGAUUCCGUAACAGCUGAACGUUUUUUUCGUAUUGACCGUGCCCAAGAAGAACUUUAUUAUGUGGUGGAUAUUUGCCACGAAGAUUUAUUUAUAUUAGAUCCACAAUUUGAUGAAAAAGAUGAUCUAGAUUUAUUCACAUCAGAAGAAGUGAUUGCCAAAGUUGUUGCCGGUGUUUCAUCUUCAGCAUCGGCAUCAUCCUCUCCAACACCAUCACCAUUGGCCAUUGAAUCGUUGUUGGCCAAUCAAAACAUUGAACAAUCACCAUCAUCAACAACAGCGACAUCUAAUCAAAAUUUAGUUACCAAAAGUCUUCCUAUAAGCACUACUUUGAUGACAAAUUCAGAUUUACGUACAAAUAGCUUAGAUUUACCACAUGAUGAUGAUGUUGACAAUCAUUUUCAUCGUAAAACCUUGGAUUCAAUACCAUCACCACUAUCACCACAACAAUCACCAUCAAAAUCACCAUCACAAACAUCAUCAUUAUCUGAUACAGAUAAUAAUAAUAACAAUGAUUCAACAAUUGUAGCGGAACCAUAUUAUAGACAGAUGCGUAAAUUGGAUAAAUUACGUCCAAGUAAUAUUGAUUGUACGAAUCGUGUGAAUCGUUUACAAGUUCAAAGUGAUAAUACAUCAGCGAUAAUAUCACCAAGUAAACAGAAUGGUAAUUCAUCCACAUUAUCAUCAUUAUCACCAGUGCCAUUCGCAGAUGAUUCACCACCAAAAUCACCAAGACGGCGUCAUCGGAUUCUAUCACCACAAACAAAUCGUCGUCCAUUAUUGAAUCAAUUAAUGUUGGCCGCACGUAAUGGUGACGUAUCGUUAUUGAAACAUCUUCACCACAAAGGUGUUAAUCUAAUGUUGAUUGAUGAAAAAGGAAUGUCAGCAUUACAUUAUGCUGUAUUGAAUAGCCAGGAUGAAGCCGUAUCGUUUCUGGCCAAUGCAUUUACACAACAGAUGAUCGAUCUGGCCGAACCAGAAUUUGGUCAUACAGCAUUACAUAAAGCAAUAAUUGCUGCCAAACGUGAUAUUUGUAUUACAUUAGUGUUACGUGGUGCCCGUUUAGAUAUACGUGAUAAUAAUGGACAAAAUAUUGAGCAAUUAGGUCGUAAUCUUGGCCGUCAUGAUUUACUUAAAACACUUUUGCACGUAUCACAAGCUUGUAACCGUGAGACUGCCGUUUGAUGAGAUAAUACUGAUAUAUCAGAGCAAAUAAUACGAAUGGGCAAACGUUGAAUCAGCUGAAUGGAAAAAAACAUAGACCACUACUACUACUAUUCACUAACAAACAAAUUGUUCGUCAUUGUCAAUAACCGUUGUUGUGAUUGUUUUUGUUGUUGUUGUUGUUUGUUUGUUGUUUUUUUUUACAAUAACCGGAAAUACCAAUCGGAUAAUUGAUCACGAUUCUAUGGGUUAUUUGGCCACUAUCAUUACCAUGAAAUGAUUAUCAACAAUAAGAAAUGAAUCUUGAUAAACACUACUUCCUGUUGUACUACAACAAUACAAUGUUUCUAUGUUCGAGACAAUUAAGACACACACGCACAAACAGAAUAUUCCCGUUGUGUGUGUGUGUGUGUAUGUAUGUGAAUGGAAUUUUAAAUCAAGUUUC